AUGUUGUUUGCCGUGGUGUUCAUGCACGAACUAUGCCAGACACAGGGGAGGGGCCGAACCCUCGAGGUGCAGAUGCUGCGGUGCAUUUCUUCCCUCAUACCCCUGAACCCCUGGCAGUGCGAUGAUCGAGGGCUUCUAGGCCAUACGCUGUCCUUCCUUAUCGAGACCCUCCUCUAUCCCUCGGCCCCCGUUUGCAUGACAGGGCUCUCCCGCCUCCAGAAUGCCGUGGUCACUGGCAUACCGGGGAGUAGUAUCUGCGUGCCCCGACAAGAAACAUUCACUACGGAUGGCUCAGUCACUUACAAAGUAAUUAGCUUGUUGCGUGUUGCUUCCAAAUCCCACCCAGACCUCCGCCGACCCCCUCUUGCAGGUAUCACCGAGAUGCUUCUUGGCGACGAUCCUGGACAGAACGUCAAAGCCACCCUGCGGGCUUUAUCCAAGGGAUACGCCUCUGGCAUCGCCUCUCAACUCCUCCGAGUCGGACGCACCCAUCCCUUCCAGCAAACCAGCAUGUCUAGUCUAUCUAGUCUAUUACCGUUGACACUGGGCCCGGCCAUUGUCGGUACUCACGCCGACUCUCAUGAUCUGCCUCAUGCCGCCGUGCACAAGAGGAUAGCCUCUCUCGAUUCCGCGACCCCGGCAUCGAAGGCCAUACCUCAAGUGCCACGACGUCUUUCUCUUCAGACACAGUCCUCGUUGCCUACUUUGCCCAGCACAUCGGCAGAAUGGAAUAAAGCUGUUUCCGAAGUCAAGCGAAACUAUAUCAACCGUCGAUAUCGGGCCUGCUCAGCACGGUGCUGUGAAAUCCUGGACAAUGUCAAAGACGUUCAGACAGCUGUGGAACCUGCCUACCUGAUCUACCUACACUUCUAUGCAGCUUGCUCCGCCGAGAUGCUCGCCCGGCCACUGAACCCGUCGUCUCCCUACAGGGUUAAGCUACUCCAACAGGCUCGUUCACACUACCACCGCGCCUCGGAGCUCAUUCGGACCGCAGACGAAUCCGUGUCGCGCUCCGCCCGCUCCUCCCGCUCCUCCUCCGCAGCGACCUCCCGCUCAAGCCAGCAUACGCCAUCCUCCUCACUUUCCUCCAACAACUCCAGCGAAGUCUCGUCCUGCCUGGGCUCGAUGUACUCUCCGGAAGAUACCAUCGUGACGAAGUUGUCCCCCCCGCCCCGUCCACUUCCUCGCGACGCACCGAAGAAGCGCGUUACUUUCGACGACUCCCAUGACAAAUCUGACAGUGAGCCCAACAUUCGACCCGACUCUCCGACCCUCGGCCUCAACUGUACUCUCCAUGCUGUUAAGUCUCCAGCUGAGGCCUGUUCCCCGUCAGAUAUCCGCGAGCAACCGAGAAGCCGAGUCCUUUGUUCCCUACCCUCGACCCCUGAACCCCCAGUCGAGGACGAUGGCGGCGAACUUUCCUUCUCUUUCAUUCGUGAGCGCUCCAUUCACCGGUAUUGCGCCAUUCUUUCCACCCUUCGCAUCCAGUUGGCGUCCUACCUCGCUUCCAUCGAUGCGCAACUUUCGCCAUCUGUACCAGCCACGGCCGGUCUUCGAUCUCGCUUCAGUUUCAGCGUGCCCACGAGAGCAGCCUCACCUGAACCAUUAACCUCCAAUGACGAAAUGCGCGCCAUCCAGCUUCGUUCCCGCAUUGAGCGUCUCCGCGCUGCUGGGUGGGAACGCCCGCGCUUCAAUGCUCGGAGAUACGAAGAGCUUUGCGACAACGUACUCAGCGAACUCUCGUCCUACUGA